AUGGCUCCUACAAUUCUUGUCGUCGGUGCUACGGGGAACACUGGCAAGAGUGUUGUCCGUAAUCUUCCCAAGCUGCUCGAUUCAAGCAAGCUGAACUACCGGAUCCUUGGUCUCACCCGUUCUCUUGAUAACCCAGCGUCUCAAAAACUCGCCAAGCUGCCCCGUGUCGAGAUGCAGGAGAAGGACUGGACCACCAUCGACGCUGCAUGGCUUCGAAGUCAGGAAGUCACACGUGUCUACAUUGCACCACACAACUUGCCGCAUCAGUUCGUGGAAGAAUCGGCUUUUCAUGUUGCUCUGCUGCAGGCAGGCGUUGAGUAUGUGGUCAAGGUAUCUACCAACGUGGAAUAUGUUGGCCCGACCAAUCCCGUGUUCUAUGGCCGCGCGCACUGGGCGAUUGAAAACCUGCUGAGCCAGCCGGAGUUCGCAGGUCUGAAAUGGACGUCACUGCAGCCCAACUUCUUUACCGCUAGCUAUUUAGCUUCGGCCGCGGACUGGAUCAAAGCUUAUCAAAGCACUGGCACCCAGAAGCCAUUGGCCAUGGUUCCUGCUGCAGAUGUGGCCGUGGCGAUGAUCGAUCCCGAGGAUGUCGGCAACGUUGGAGCACAUCUCUUGGCUCUUGUGGACCCUACCCCUCAUAACCACGCCAAGUAUGUCCUCAGUGGCCCUGAAGACGUUACUGGAAACCAAAUUAUCGAGCUCGUUGAGCGGUACGCUGGUGUGAAAGUCCACACGGCAGAAUUCAAGGUGACGAGCUGGCUGGAUGACUUGGUCAAGGCAGGGGUGUAUCCCGCAAAGGUCCUGCCGUCGAUACUCGCUGGGUGCGAACCACUGUGGCAGGGCAAAUGCACACUUGCAGGGACACCCACUAGCAAGGAAGUUUUGGAAUUGGCACCCCCAAAGCGCACUAUCGAGGACGCUUUGAAAUCCAUGUUAGCAGAGUAG